GCGUAUGUGGUCCACAUUCCGAUCAGAAACAGAAGAGUCUCUGGUUGAACUGCGUUAACUGUAUCGCAGAGACAUGCAGAUUCAGCCGGAAAAUCGAAUGUCCUGGCACCUAUUUGCAUCACCCCUGCUGGCCUUGCUUCAAGUGCCGAGGGCGGUACCCAAUCUGCAGCUGCUGCGAAUCCUGGAGCAGCUAUGGCUAUGGCUAUGGCUCUGGCUCUGCCUCUGCCUCUGGCUAUGGCUGUGGCUAUGGCUAUGGCGGCUUGUGGUACUGACGGCAACGACAGGGAGGAGGUCGUUGCUGCGACUGCUGCUGCUGCUGCCGGGUAUUUUUGUUGCCGUCUCGGCAGCGAUACCGCUGACGGCAGGGUACGGCCUGGAGGAGUUUCUGGCGGCGCUCAAUGAUGAGACCUUGGUCUAUCAGGAAGUGAAAGGGGACGUGGUCCUCAACGGCUCGUUACCCGCCAUCACGGGCAGGAACCUCACGCUCGUGGGCAGAGCGCCACGUGGCAGGCGUCCAGUGAUUGACGGAGCAUCGAAGCAUGGCGGAUCGGAGUCGCUGUCGCUGACGCUGAAGAACUUAGAGUUCCGCAACUUCAACGGAACGGCGCCGAUUUUCAAGACUAGGACGCACGACAUCGUCAUCCAAGAUUGCGUCUUUAGGAACAACCGCGCGGUGGCGGGGUUCUUUUCAGCGAGGGCGUCUGUGGUGUAUGUUUCGUACGGCAGCCUGAAGAUCUCUGGCUCUCUCUUUGCCAACAACAGGGUGGAGGGACGUUUUGGGGAAGGCGGGGCUGUGUACGCGAUCGGAAGCGUCACGGUGAUUGAGAGGACGGUGUUUAGGAGCAACGAGGCGAUGGGAACGGGGGGCACGGGGAAAGGUGGGGCCAUGUAUAUAUGGGCGCCUACGUACCGCAUCAGCGAUUGUGUAUUCGAAGGUAACAAGGUCGACGGCCAUGGCGGCGCAGUGGUGGUUUCGAUCGCCGGGCGGGGGGAGAUCGUGGGGUCGCGCUUCGCGCGCAACUCCGCGUACUCCACGAGUUCAAGAUUUAAGCGGUACGCGACAGGUGGGGCCAUCAGCAUCUACGGUGAGGAGUUCACAAGCAUCAGCGGAUGCACGUUCACAGAAAACAAGGCGGAGGGCAGGCGAGGAGGGGCAGUGUCUCUGUCGAUGUACCAGGCGGACGUCACCAUGUCCGGCUGCAAGUUCGAGAGGAACGCCGCCGGAAGAUACGGCGGGGCUGUGGGUGCGCGCCUCGUGCCCGCCGACUUCGUGGAGGGGUCACGUGGCGUUUAUCUGGGUGACCACGGGGCUCCAUGGAGUAGAACGAAGUUCUGCAGAGGGAACACGUACUCGGGAAAUUUGGCGGGAAAGUCUGGCGCGAACAACAUAUACGUGGACGUGCGCAACAGUUCCGAGAGCGGAGUGUCCUUCUGCCCGAGCCGGCCUCCUCUUGCUCUCAUCGAAGCCGCGCCGGCCGCUUUUUUGGCGGCGCUCAAUGAUGAGACCGUGCUCUAUCAUGAAGUGAAAGGGGACGUGGUCCUCAACGCCUCGUUACCUGCCAUCACGGGCAGGAACCUCACGCUCGUGGGCAGAGCGCCACGUGGCAGGCGUCCAGUGAUUGACGGAGCAUCGAAGCAUGGCGGAUCAGAGUCCUUGUCGCUGACGCUGAAGAACUUAGAGUUCCGCAACUUCAACGGAAUGGCGCCGAUUUUCAAGACUGAGGGGCACGACAUCGUCAUCGAAGAUUGCGCCUUUAGAAACAACCGCGUGGUGGUGGUGGUGGGCCGUGCGGUGUCGGGAUCGGGGUGUGUGGUGUAUGUUCUGUUCGGCAGCCUGAAGAUCUCUGGCUCUCUCUUUGCCAACAACAGGGUGGAGGGACGUUUUGGGAGCGGCGGGGCUGUGUACGCGAUCAGAAACGUCACGGUGAUUGAGAGGACGGUGUUCAGGAGCAAUGAGGUGAAGGGAACGCAGGGCACGGGAGAAGCUGGGGCCAUGUAUAUAUGGGCGUCUACGUACCGCAUCAGCGAUUGUGUAUUAGAAGGUAACAAGGUCGACGGCAAUGGCGGCGCACUGGCGAUCACGACCGAGGGGCGGGGGGAGAUCGUGGGGUCGCGCUUCGCGCUCAACUCCGCCUACUCCACGAGUUCGGAGUUUAAGCGGUAUGCAACAGGCGGGGCCAUCAGCAUCUACGGGGUGGGGAUUAUAAUCAUCAGCGGAUGCACGUUCACAGAAAACAAGGCAGAGGGCAAGCGAGGAGGGGCAGUGUGUCUGUCUAUGUACCAGGCGGACGUCACCAUAUCCGGGUGCAAGUUCGAGACCAACGCCGCGGGAAGAUACGGCGGGGCUGUGGGUGCGCGCCUCGUGCCCGUCCACUUGGUGGAGGGCCCACGUGGCGUUUAUCUGGCUGACAGCGGGCCUCCAAGGGGUAGAGCGAAGUUCUGCAGAGGGAACAGAUUCUCGGGAAAUUUGGCGGGAAAGUCUGGCGCGGAGAACAUAUACGUGGACAUGCGCAACAGCUCCGAGAGCGGAGUGUCCUUCUGUCCGACCAGGCCUCCUCUUGCUCUCAUCGAAGCGGCGCCGGCCGCUGUCACCAUCUCCUGUGCAUUCUGCUGAACUGCUCGUAGGGACAUCAAUGUCGCACUUGCAUGGAUUGGACUCCCCCCGCCCCCCCCGCCCCCCCCGCGCUGGCCGUCGAUUCUCGUAGUCGACGAUCA